AGUGCGGUUGAUAAAAUUGAGACUAGGUGCCACGCGAGGUUAGUCAGCCAUGGGUGUUCCGGCUUUUUUCCGAUGGCUAAGUAUGAAAUAUCCAUCAAUUGUUACUCAUUGUGCAGAGAAACGCGGAGCUAUUUUGGAUGAUGAUGGCAAUAGAUCACCUAUAAAUACGUUGGAACCGAAUCCAAAUGGAGAAGAAUUUGAUAAUCUGUAUUUGGAUAUGAACGGUAUUAUCCAUCCAUGUACUCAUCCAGAAAACAAACCAGCUCCAAAAACAGAAUCAGAGAUGUUUGUGGCUAUUUUUGAAUACAUUGAUAGACUAUUCGCUAUUGUUCGCCCUAGAAAAGUGUUGUACAUGGCCAUCGACGGCGUUGCUCCGCGUGCUAAGAUGAAUCAACAACGCUCCAGACGUUUUCGAGCAGCCAAAGAGGCGAAAGAAAAGCAAAUAACUAUUGAGCGUUUAAGGAACGAACUAAUUGCGAAAGGAGCACAUCUUCCACCUCCUAAGGAAGAACACUUUGAUUCAAAUUGUAUUACGCCAGGAACACCAUUUAUGGCACGCUUAGCUGUUGCCUUAAGAGGGUAUAUAUAUUCUCGUUUGACAAAAGAUCCAGGAUGGAAGAAUCUAAUGGUAUUCUUGAGUGACGCAAAUGUUCCUGGUGAAGGCGAACACAAAAUCAUGGAUUUUAUCAGACGACAAAGGAAUAAUCCAACUCAUGAUGCUAAUACUAAGCAUUGCUUAUGUGGCGCUGAUGCUGACCUUAUAAUGCUUGGAUUGGCCACACAUGAACCAUAUUUUACCAUUAUUCGUGAAGAAUUUAAACCAAACCAACCAAAGCCAUGUGAUUUAUGCGGCCAGAUGGGUCAUGAGAUGGAGGAUUGUGUAGGUGCUCCAAGAGAAGAAGAUCCAAACGAAGGUCCUCCUCCCUUACCCUCGGGAGAUGUGGAUUUCAUCUUUAUUCGGUUGGAUAUUCUAAGACAAUAUCUAGCGGAAGAUCUGAAGUUGGCCGGCAUUACAUUUGAGUGGGAUCUCGAAAGAGUGAUUGAUGAUUGGGUUUUCAUGUGUUUUUUCGUUGGAAACGACUUUCUCCCUCAUCUUCCGAGUUUGGAAAUCCGCGAAGGAGCGAUUGAUCGUUUGAUUGAAAUCUACAAAUCGACAGUUCAGAAAACGGGAGGGUGGUUGACUGAUAGUGGACGCGUCAAUUUGGAGCGCGUCCAACUUAUUAUGGUUGACUUGGGGAAGAUGGAAGAUGAAAUCUUCAAAAAUCGUCGUGAAUCCGAACUACAAUUUCGCAAAAGAAAACGUCAAAAUGCUUCCGGAAAUGGUUGUGACAGAAACCAACACGGAUUCGCUCCACAACGAUUAGGUCACCGUCCAUCAUAUGAAGUUGCGCAAUCUGGCAUUAUGGAACCAGUUUCUCUAAAAGGACGGUAUGGAAUAGCCCACCCCAAAGGUCACUAUGCCAACCAACCUGUCUCUGCUGAUGAGUUAUUAGCUGCACGGCGUUAUCAGAGUAGUUUUCACGAGAGUGUUAAUUGGGUGGAUAGAAACUUAAAUAACCUUGAGGCAGCAACAGCAUUGAAGGCUAUGUUAAGACGUGAUAGACCUCCCGAAAACGGAACCUCAAAUACUAGUGAUAAUUACGUUCCUCCUCAAAAAAUACAUCGGGGUAGUUCUAAUAAUAAUCCAAGUCAACAGUGUGUUUCAUCCGGUCACAACAACAAAUCAGGUAAUCAUCACGAUGAUGAGGAUGAGAUGAUGGAUGCCGCAGAUGAAGUACGAUUUUGGGAAGAUGGAUGGAGAUCACGAUAUUAUCAGUCUAAAUUUGGAGUUGACCCGACAGAUGCACCGGAAUUCUGUAUCAAAGUUGGUCAGGAAUAUGCCCUUGGUCUGUGCUGGGUCUUAGCCUAUUAUUACCAAGGCUGUGCUUCGUGGGAUUGGUAUUUCCCAUAUCAUUAUGCUCCAUUUGCUAGUGAUUUCUCCAAAAUCACAGAACUCGAUGUUGACUUUACUAAAAAAGAAACAAAACCGUUUAGACCACUGGAACAACUUAUGGGUGUUUUCCCAGCAGAUUCUCGUAGUCAUGUCCCUCCAGCGUGGCAGGACUUGAUGACCGACCCUGAUUCUCCCAUUAUUGAUUUUUAUCCGACCGACUUCAAAGUUGACUUAAAUGGCAAACGCUUUCUAUGGAUGGGUGUUGCUUUAUUGCCGUUUGUUGAUGAGGUUCGUUUAUUGAAAGCUUUGGAUAGCCGAAGAAAUCUUCUAACAAAAGAAGAAAUCGAAAGAAAUGUUCGUGGUUCAGAUCAGUUGUUUUGUAGAGUUGAUCAUUCCGCUGGUCCAUUGUUCCAUUCCCUAUACAAAGUACCAGCUGAAAAAGUGGAAAAGAAUGAUUUGGAAGAGAAUAUCAUACCAUCUUGGGCAUCUGCGAUUGAUCCACGUGUUACGUCUGGAAUUAGUGGUCUAAUUUGGCCUAACAAAAUGGCUUAUUUACCUGGAAGUCGUGUACCUAGUGCAGUCCCAGGUCACGUUCCUGAUUUAAAGGUUUCUGAAGCUGUAUCAUUAUUUUUUUCAGAUCCUCAGUAUCCAAAAGGCUUCGUUUUUCCUUCGAAGUUACUUGAAUCUGUUAAAAUGCCACCACCAGUUUACCUUCAACCUCCACAACGUGGCAGAGGUAGAGGGCGAGGGAGUUUUCGCAGUGAUGAACAUCGUGGACGUUUCAAUGCUAAUGCAGCUAUGCAGUACUAUGCGCGAGACAAUUCUUCAGAUAGGGAGGAUAGUGGUAGAGAUUUUUGUUCAAAUUCACCAAUGAGUAGGAUGGUUAUGAAUUCAUUACCACGUUAUCCGCAAAAUCGGGGUAACCACUCACAACGUUCAUUCAAAUCAGAUUAUGGUAAAAUAAAUAACAACAUCCCUCCAAAUUGGCAACCUGGAUCUUUCAAUCGUCCACCUCAAAAUGAUACCUAUCAUCGAGGUGGGUCUGUCUAUCGUCACCCUAGAAGUCAUCCAUACGCUAAUCCGUAUUCUGUGCAUCCUCCCAACUUCAGUACAGGUCUUUCCAGUUCUGUCAUUAGGAAUAACCGCCCACCAUGGUUGCCUCCAAAUGGUAGGCGUUAAUUAAGACAUCAAAGUCUCUUUAUUUCUUGUCCAUACUGUUUUCUUCUUGCAUUUUUAUUUUUUAUCAUCAUGAGACUAUGGUAGUUGUUUAUGAUGUAAAAAAUAUUUUGCUUUUGUAAAACAUAACCAAUAAAUGUUUAGCCUUUCUUUGCUGCUUCUGAUUGCGUAGACUUGUAUACUAGUAACUGUAAUAUUGCACUAUUAAACAAUAAGACUUUAAUAUACCAAUUUGUGUAUAUUAAACAUUACUGAUAAUUUGUCAAAUUUUUUUAUAGUUGUUUCUAUCAACAACUAAUAUUCUGUUCCAAAGA